UCGGUAAAUCCCAAGGGGGGCAAUCCUAGGCGCGUGGACUUUUCCUUGCCUCAGCAGCAUCUCCCUUAGUCCCAAGCCACAAUGUCUCAAAUUUCUUCUUUCUUUUCUUUCUUUGUUUUUCGUAUUGUCUGAAAACCGCCCUUUGACAUUGCCCAAAAGUCAACCCCAAAACCACCUCUGGUUUUUCCCAAGUGCCCCACUAGCGCCCAAAAAGAAAGGACAGCACAAACGAUAAGGCGUUUUAGAUGCCAUCUCCCAUCUAUCUCUAGCCCAUCUAUAUCUGCCCUGAAAAAGUCAGCGCCUUGUUCAUUUCCUCUCUCUCUCUCUCUCUCUCUCUCUCUCUCUCUCUCUUCCAGCAGUGGUUGCGGAAUCCACAAAGCUUGUUGUUAUGGAGGAAGACUGGGAUCUACAUGCGGUGGUCAGAGGCUUCGCCGCCUCCUCCUCCUCCUCCUCUGCCGCCGCCUCCGCUGCCGCCAUGGCUACAACGUCAGCAGAUCUUGCACCCCAUGUUCCCGUGUCUUGCUCCUCCUUUGGAGCGGUCAAGAAAGAUGAGGGCUUUGUCUCUCCACCAUAUCCCUAUGAUGAAAGACGCAGCUCGCUUGAGGAGUUGCAUGAACUCUACAAGCCCUUCUUCCCCAAGCCCGAGCCUCUCGUCUUUCAAGACGCUGCUGCUUCUGCUCUUCCUUCUUUCGGAGGAGUGAGCGGUCAACCCACGUUUAGACAACAACCUACUCCUGCUAAUAAUAAUGGUUCUGCACCUGCCUCCUCUACUGGUUCCUGCAUGACGAGCACCCCGUCUCCAGGUUCUCGCUCCAAAAGAAGCAGGAAGAGCCAGCUCAAGAAGGUUUGCCACGUUCCAGCAGAGAGUCUGUCUUCUGAUAUCUGGGCUUGGCGUAAAUAUGGCCAAAAACCGAUCAAGGGCUCUCCAUAUCCAAGGGGAUACUACAGAUGCAGUAGCUCGAAGGGGUGUAUGGCCCGGAAGCAAGUGGAGAGGAACAGAUCCGACCCUGGAAUGUUCAUAGUCACGUACACGGCGGAACACAACCACCCCGCACCUACCCACCGCAACUCGCUCGCAGGUUCCACGCGUCAAAAGCCCGUGAUGCCGCAGACGGACACUGUCGGAGAUCCCAGCGCUGCUGCCUCAUCAAAACCUCCUUGCUCUUCUCCAACUGCCUCCGUAGAGGAUGAGGUGGCAAGAACUCACAGCACAAACACUGAAAGCAGAGAAGAAAAAGAGGGUAGCAUGGCUGAUGAUGAAGAGGAUGGGGAAGAUGGGCUAUCUGAUAUGGCUCUGAGUGAUGAUUUAUCCGUGGGUUUGGAGGGAUUGAUGGGAGGUGGUGAUGAUGAGGAUUGUUUCUUGGAUCGUUUUCCCGCGAACUUUGGCCAUUCUUGGACAGCUGACAGCACGGCAACCGCCACCGGGGGUAGCUGACCCAACUAGUCGAGCAUAUUGUUUUGCGGUUGAGUUGUAAUUUUCUGGAAUACGUACAAUUUUCAUCUUCUUUUCAGAACUGAAUCAAGGGUGUAACAGUUAGCAUCCCCGUGCCGCUAAGCUUUAUAUAUGUGUAAUUUUUCAUCAAUUUGUAUAAAGAUUUCACUAGGCAGGCGGUGAGAAGGAAAUGCUGCUCAUCUCUGUAUUACAAUC